UCCCUGCGGGGCGGCGGCGAUGGCGGAGCCGGGGAGCGCCGGCGGGAGCCCCGAGCCCCCCGUACAGGUGUCUAUCAUUUUGCCUGUUCACAACAGUGAAUGCUGGUUAGAUGAAUGCCUGAAGUCAGUUUGGGAACAAGAUUUUAAAGGAACCAUGGAGCUAUCAAUUUUUAAUGAUGCCAGUAAGGAUGGUUCACCUGAAAUAAUUGAAAAAUGGAAGAUCAGGUUUGAAGAAGUUGGUGUUUCAGUAAUCAUUGGAACCAACAAUUCCUCUCAGCCUCGAGGUGUUGGAUUUGCUAAAAAUCAAGCAGUAAUUCAGAGCUCAGGAACCUAUCUCUGCUUUCUGGAUUCAGAUGAUGUGAUGAUGCCACAGCGGGUUAGGCUGCAGCACCAAGUUGCCAUUCAACACCCAAACAGUAUCAUUGGUUGCCAAGUGAGAAGAGAGCCACUGGACUCCACUGAACGAUACACUCGCUGGAUCAACAACCUCAGCCAGGAGCAGCUCCUUACACAGGUGUUCACCUCCCAUGGGCCCACUGUGAUCAUGCCAACCUGGUUCUGCUCUCGGGAGUGGUUUUUCCAUGUGGGGAGAUUUGAUGAGGGUGGAAAGGGUGUCCCAGAGGAUCUGUUGUUUUUUUAUGACCAUCUCCAGAAGGGUGGUGGAGUCCUUCGAGUGAACCAUUGCCUCCUGCUCUACCGGUACCACCCCCAGGCUGCCACUCACUCUGUCCUGGAGGAAACCAUCUGGAAUCACCGAGUCAGGUUCCUUGAGGACAGAGUCCUGAGCUCCUGGACAUCAUUCACCAUUUGGAAUGCUGGCAAGCAAGGCAAGAAACUCUACAGAAGCUUGUCACCAGCUAAUCAGAAAAAGGUAACUGCAUUUUGUGAUGUUGAUGAAAAGAAAAUAACAAAAGGAUUCUACACCUAUGAGGAGUCUGAGGAGAGACCAAAACCAAAAAUUCCUGUGUGUCACUUCAGGGAUGCAACUCCACCCUUUGUGAUCUGUGUGAAGCUGGACAUGACAGGUGGAGCCUUUGAAACAAACCUGGCCACGCUGAGCCUGAAGGAAGGGAAGGAUUAUUAUCACUUUAACUAAAGCAAGAGGCAGUGCUGCAGUGCUGUGGUCUGCACCACCUCACGCCAUCAUUUGCUGCUGAAAUGGAGAAGUUGCUGUUGCUUCCCCUUCCCCAGGAAGGGCAGAGGAGCAGUGGCUGCACAUCUGUGUCUGGAAUGCGGCGCUGCCAGCCCGGAAUGCUCCCUGGAACGGGGCUGGGAGGGCCUCAGGCAGCAGCUCCAGCCAUCCCACGUGUGCUGCAGCUGGCUGGGAGCAUCCUCAGGGACAGCUCCAUGGAAAAAGCAGCCCCUGGAGCACAUU